UUAAGCUGUUUAUGUCACUUAAACAUGGUGCAUUGUUGGAAAUAGUUUGUGUUUAUCAUGAGGAAACAAUUUAAGGGGUAGUUAAGACUAGUAUUUCUUAAGACAUUAAAGAAUGAAUACAAAGGAAUAAUACAAUAAAAUGAUACAAAUAAGUAAAAGACAUAUAAGUGUGUGCUUAGGACUUCUUUUAGCAAUAAGUUUGUUAUACACUUUGUAUGGAGAUUCAGAAAAGUUUGAGAGUAGCGUUUCCCGGGCAGACGACAAAAUCACGUGCAUGCCUAACGACUACAUAGAUACGCCAUUCAUCAAACAAGUUAAAAAGCACGAAACAGUAAUUAUACCGGACAUCAAUACAUUAGAAACGCUGUCCAGAGAGGAAUUAGCAGUGUUAUAUCAUAGGUACAUAGAAAACAUACAGUACAUGUGCAAGCGUAAAGUUCGACUCGGCCUGAUAGAAGAUGGCGGAUGGGAUAUUUGUGAUGAGGAGCGAUUCAGGCCAAAAACUGACUCUUGUCUCGUCUAUUCAUUCGGAAUAAACAACGACUUUAGUUUUGAUGAAGCUGUGGCGAAGUAUUACGGUUGCGAUGUCCAUUCUUUUGACCCGAGUAUGGACAUUGGUGAUUUUACAAAAGGGAAUAUACAUUUCCAUAAUUUAGGAAUUUCUGCUCGAGACGAAGAGACCAAGGAAAAGUGGCAGCUUUUACGAUACAGUUCCAUCCGGUCGAAAUUAGGACAUACAAAGGUGCCUAUUUCAAUUCUAAAGAUGGAUAUAGAAAUUUACGAGUGGCAAGUACUUCCUGAUAUCAUCUCCUCCGGGGACCUUGUGGGGACUUCUAACCUUGUUGUGGAGUUUCAUUUAGAGAUGAGCUCACCAGAACAAGAUAUAGAUAGAUAUCUUCCAGCAUUGAAAUUAUUGAAGAGUUUGUACGAUAACGGUUAUAGGAUAUUCUGGACACAUCAAAAUAAAUGGUGCAAGUUUUUGUCAAAGUGUAAGCAAGAACUAAGAACAAAUUGCCAUGAAGUUAACUUUGUCAGAGUAAGAUAGCCAAAAUACAUGUAGAUACCGAUGUAUAAGCAUAAUUUAUUCAAGUGUUAAAAGUGAUAUGAUAAGAACUUCUGCUUUACCGAACAGUAAGAGGUUAACAACAAGUAAUCAACAAAGAAAUUCACUACGGGUAUUGGACAAACACCCUAAAGAGGAAUUAAUGACAGCAAUUUUGUUUCAGUUAAAAAAACGGAUGUUUAUUUUUUCUGAUGUCAGGCGCUGUCAUUGCAUUAAAUUACAUUAUGCAAAACUACGUUUGAAGAUUCCAGGUUUUAAUUUAUAUGCUCGCGGAGUUCAUGAAUGGACUGUAGUACAUGUUUUACACUACAAAAAUUUAAGGUCAGAUCAAAAUACUAUGUACUAGGACCAUUUUUAGUCAUCAUAAAUUUAGGAAUUCUGUCACAAUGCAUACCAUCAGAGCUACAUGCAUAAUCCGAAUCCAUAUAUGCAAGGUCAAGGUCAUUAGAGGAUAAAAUGUCCAGAUUUUGUCUCGAGCCAAUCUUCUACAUCCAUGAAAGGAUUUCAGUAUUUCUUAAUGAUUGUUCAACAGUAUUUAAUGAUUGUUCAAUAUCGGGAGACAAAAUGUCACUCUCUUAAGCUAGGUUAGUAGGUCAAGGUCAGACUUAGUGGUGCAAAAUUCAGGACCCUCUAUAAUUUCAUGUUCUUGAUGCUUAUUACUAAUUCCUUAAACCGCCUUCGUGGUCGUGGGGUUAGAGUCAAUGACUUCUAAUCCAGUUACCUCUCUGACAUGGGUUCGAUCCCCGGGAGAUGCUUUGGUAGUUUAGCUCGGAGGAAGGUUGUCUAGUACUGGUGUAACUGUCCAGGAACGAUGGUUAGGAAACUACCCGCCUAUAUGACCGAAAUACUGUUGGAAAAAUGCGUAAAAUGAAACAAACAAACAAAUUCCUUACAAUUUUUCCCUUUGUUGGACUCAUGAUAUAGGGACAGUCAAACUUGCUUCCCGAGUAACACCUAAUUUUAUCCAUUAUGGCAAUACCUUCAACAAAAGCCAUUGUGAUGACUGUAACAAUAUUUAAUGACGGAAAGCAUAAUAAUCAUAAUAUUGAAUCUUUUGAAAGAUAUUAUUACAUGUGGAGUGCAAACAUAGGCACUUGAAGAUACCUCAUAACUUUAUAUUUUUGCUUUUUUUUGUGUGUACAUGUAAACACGUGGAAGCAGUUUCUAUUUCCAGCAUUUUACCUCUUUUUGGAACUGCUCUGAUAAUUUUAAAUACUCUUUAGGUAUGAUCUGAUUUUCACAAUUAUUGAUAUUUGACUAUAUUUUUUCUCUCAUACUUCAUUUGCUUGAUAUAUGGUUUCAUUUUCUAUACUGUAUUAUUUUACAUCCACAGCAGGUGGUGAUGCUGUACAAUAGUCCCUAAACAAAAACAGAAAGCAAGUAAUACAGGCUUAGUAAAUAUACAUGUAUAUAUAAAUAAAGAACAACAAUGAAGAUUCAUUCUUUUUAUUUGAAUUUAAACACUACACAUUUUUUCAUACAAAAGAAUAAAUCCCAUGAAAAUACAAAUUGUUGAGUCAUUUGUUUGAUUAAAGGAGAAUUACUUAAAAAA